AUGACUGGUCCCUUCCAGUUCCCAUAUGAGUAUUCUCAGAGAGGUGACAUAAUCAUUGGAGACAUUGUGGCUCAGUAUGGAUGUAUUUUUGAUCAAACCACUUACUCUGAAAACCCUAGAACUAUGGCGGUAGAUGGACUGAUUGUUUCACCAAAGAGCUACCAGCAUGUCCUGUCAUUUGCAUUUGCUGUGAAGGAGAUUAAUGAAAACUCCAAGAUCUUACCCAAUGUCAGCCUGGGGUUCCAGAUCUUUGAUGGCUAUUUCAAUGCCAGGAUGACUCAUCAAAACACCCUGAAGCUUCUGUCUUCCUGGGAAAGAAUUGUCCCCAACUACAACUGCAACAAGACAAAAAAUGUGAUAGCUGUGGUUGGGGGACUGAACUCUGAAAUGGCCUUUCAUAUAAUUACUAUUCUAAAUGUCUACAAGAUCCCACAGAUUGCCUACUGUGUCUUUGCUCCAGUGAGUGAUGUUAAAAUUCAGCUCCCUUCCUUCUAUCGCAUGGUCCCCAAUGAAGAGGUUCAGUACACAGGCAUUGUCCGGCUCCUUUUGCAUUUCCAAUGGACGUGGGUUGGGAUCAUGGCAACGGAUGAUGAUCAAGGUGAAAAAUUUGUGCAUACUUUGACACCUAUGCUUUUCAAACAUGGGAUCUGUGUAGCCCACACUGAAAAGAUGCCACCACUAUAUCAGGCACUACAUGCAUUCAGAUCAAUGCAAUCUGUUCUACCUGUGGCCACUUCUCUUGCCAAUUCCAGUGUCAGGCUAUUUGUUAUAAAUGCGGAUCUUCAGACCAUAAAUGCCUUGAAAUGGUUGAUAUAUUUUAAUGAACUAUUAGGGGGUAUUGCCAACACUUUCAUGGGAAUGGUGUGGAUUCUGACAGCCCACUGGGAUUUCUCAUCACAGACGGAGCUCAGGGAAUUUGACAUGCACAUCUUCCAUGGUGCCUUGUCCUUUACAAUUCACACAAAUCAGGUAUUGGAUUUCACAAAAUUCCUUCAGAGGGUACGUCCUGGCUUACAGCAAGAAGAUGGUUUUAUCAGGGUCUUCUGGGAACAGGCAUUCAACUGCACAUUGUCUGAUUCUGAUGAAAAAAAGGGAAAGAAUAAUGAGGGUUGCACAGGAGAAGAGAGGCUGGAUAGCCUUCCUGGAAUUAUUUUUGAAAUGACCAUGACUGGCCAGAGCUAUAGCAUCUACAAUGCAGUCUAUGCCAUAGCACAUGCGUUACAUAAGAUGUACACAUCAAGACUGAAACUUAGAGCAGUGGUGGACAGAAGUCGAUGGGGUCCUCUAAAUCUACAGCCUUGGAAGCAUAGCAUUGAUGUGAUGGAUUCCAGGCUUGAGAUCAGCCUGCAAGCAAAGACACCUGCAAGUCACGUGACUAGCAGUGGUGAUUUUCACCCUUUCCUGAGAAGCAUCUCAUUCAACAACACUGCUGGAGACCUGGUAUUUUUUAAUGAGAAUGGGGAAAUAGCAGCUGGAUUUGAUAUUAUUAACUGGGUUACUUUACCAAACAAGUCCUUUGUAAGAGUGAAAGUUGGAAGGAUGGAUCCACAAUUUUCACCGGGCAGAGAGUUCAUCAUUAAUGAAGAGGCCAUUGCAUGGCAUAGUAUGGUGAAUCAGGUGCCUCCCCUUGCUGUGUGUAAUGACCACUGUCAUCCUGGUUAUAGCAGAAAGAAGAAGGAAGGGGCACCAUUUUGUUGCUACAGUUGUGCUCUGUGUCCAGAUGAGAAGAUUUCAGAUCAGAAAGAUAUGGAUGACUGUUUUAAAUGCCCACAAGACCAAUAUCCAAACAAGAACCAAGAUGAGUGCAUUUCCAAAGAUCUACAUUACCUCUCUUUCAAAGAAACUUUGGGGAUCACGUUAGCCUCAUGGGCUCUCUCUCUUUCUCUGAUCACAGCUUCAGUCCUAAUAAUUAUCAUCCAGAACCAAAACACCCCAAUUGUCAAAGCCAACAAUCGGGACCUCACCUAUUCUCUCCUCAUCUCCCUGUUGCUCUGCUUCCUGUGCUCCUUGCUCUUCAUUGGCCUGCCUCAGACAGUGACCUGCUACUUACGGCAAACUGCUUUUGGAAUCAUCUUCUCAGUGGCUAUUUCGUGCAUGCUGGCCAAAACCUUCACUGUGGUUUUGGCUUUUGCAGCUACCAAGCCAGGAACCCAGAUGAGGAAAUGGGUGGGGAAAAGACUGACAACCUCCAUUCUUAUCUCUUGCUCCCUCAUUCAAGCCAGUAUUUGUGCAGUGUGGCUCUGCACUGCUCCUCCAUUCCCACAUUUUGAUAUGGAUACUCUGGCUGGAGAAAUCAUAGUGGAAUGCAAUGAAGGGUCAGACACAAUGUUUUAUUUAGUUCUGGGGUAUCUAGGAUUUCUGGCUAUUGUCAGCUUUACUAUGGCUUUCUUAGCCAGAAAAUUGCCUGACAGUUUCAAUGAAGCCAAAUAUAUCACUUUCAGCAUGUUGGUGUUUUGUGGUGUUUGGCUGUCCUUUGUUCCAUCUUAUCUCAGCACCAAGGGGAAGUAUAUGGUAGCCGUGGAGAUCUUCUCUAUCUUGGCCUCUAGUGGUGGGCUCCUGUUUUGUAUCUUCUUCCCAAAAUGCUACAUAAUAAUCUUGAGGCCGGAGUUGAAUAGUAGACACCAGCUAAUAAGGAAGUAA